GGAGAAUGCUUCGUCAGAGAGAGUCUUAAACUAUGGAACGAGGCAAAUGCAUGCAAUCUACCGCGGUCCGUCGCUAAAGGAGAAACGGCUUUGACCCCCGCCGGCCGCCGCCAAGAGAACGACUAAUUACGCCACACGCGCUGCGUACGCCUUCUUCUUCUUCUUCUUCUUCUUCUUCUUCUUCUUCUUCUUCUUCUUCUUCUUCUUCUUCUUCUUCUUCCACAUGCGACUCUGCCCGUCACCUUCCUCAACUCCUCAUCUCGAUCGCGUACGCCAACGCCCCUCGACGAUGAAGCCCCACAAGAGCAGCCCCUUCUCGCGGAAGGUCUCCGUCGCCGUUGCCACGCCGAUCCUCCUCCUGCUGGCCCUCGCCGUCGUCUCGCUCUACGACUUCAACUUGGCCGAAACUUACCACAACAUACGCCGCGCCUCCUCUUCAUCCUCUGCAUCUCCUGGCCCUGCCACCACCUCCUCGUCGCCCACGGCUCCGGCUACCGUAUCAUCGUCAACUUCGCCGGCCAACUCCUCCUCGUCGUCAUCGUCUACGUCGGCGGCGUCUCCAGCCACCGCCGUCGAGGCCUGCGACCUGACGCGGGGCCAGUGGGUGCCGGACGACGAGCCGCCGUACUACACCAACCUGACGUGCCCGUUCAUCGACGAUCUCCAGAACUGCAUGAAGUUCGGCAAGCCGGGCGGUCUCGACCUCAUGCGCUGGCGGUGGAAGCCUGACGGCUGCGACCUCCCCCGCUUCGAUGCCGGGCGGUUCUUGGAGGCCAUGAGGGGCAAGUCCAUGGCCUUCGUCGGGGACUCGCUCGCCAGGAACCACGUCAAGUCACUGCUCUGCAUCCUGUCGCAGGUGGCAGAGCCGGUGGAGCUCGUCACCACGACGGAGACGGACGUGACGGGGAGGGCCGUCCGCCGAGACUUCCACUACGGCAGCCACGGCUUCAACGUCUCGCUCUUCUGGUCGCCAUUCCUGGUCAAAGCCAACCUCUCCAGCGCGGCGCUCGGCCUGGGCCUGUGGGACGUGCACCUCGACACGGCGGACGCCCGGUGGGCGGCGCACAUCGCCGACUUCGACCACAUCGUCCUGUCCGGCACCAACUGGUUCUUCCGCCCCUCGGUGUACUACGAGGGCGGCCGGGCCGUCGGGCGCAACGACGGCGCCAGCGGCGCCCACAACGCGACGGAGGCGCCCGUCUCCGGCGCGGUGCGCGCCGCGUUCCGCACGGCGCUCGGCGCCAUCGCAGCCCGAGAGGGGUUCCGCGGCAAGGCCGUGGUCCGGACGGUCACGCCCGCGCACUUCGAGAACGGGGAGUGGAACACCGGCGGCGACUGCGUGCGCACGCGGCCGCUCCGCCGCGGCGAGCGCGCCCGCGACGCUGUCGUGGCCGAGUUCCGCGCCGCGCAGGUUGACGCGCUGAGGGAGACGGAGGCGGCACGGCGGCGGAACCGGAGCGGAGCGGAGCUGCGGUUGCUGGACAUCACGGAGGCGAUGGAGCUGCGGCCGGACGGGCACCCGAGCCGGUACGGGCACCCGCCGGGCGGGAGCGUGGAGGGGAGCUUCGUGGUGGACUGCCUGCACUGGUGCUUGCCCGGGCCGAUCGACCUGUGGAGCGAGCUGCUGUUCCACAUGCUGGCGGCUCAUCCACCACAGCGUGCUGACUGACAUUGAGUGAGUUCUUCUGCUAAUGCAUCGAAGCCAGACUUGUGUAAAUUGAUCUUCUUUUUUGCCGCAUUAAUUCAGAGCAAAGUGAGUUCACGGUUGCCAAUCAUAUUCAUACCAUGGCCUGUCUGUCUGUGCGUGUCUGCAGCAGUAGGGUUUCUGUAAAAAAAAAACUGAGAAAAAUGGUGUGCACGGCACGCUCUGAGCUCCA